CACCACCACUCACCACUGCUGCGCCACCGCGACACUCACCUCUCCCUAACAGCCCUUCGUUCCAAACAGCCCCCGUUAGCAAGAUGAAGUCCAGUUCCCAAGCAUCCGCCGCCGCGGCCAUCGUGGCCCUCGCACACCUGGCGGCAGCCGCCCCGGCCGCGGUCGAGGCCGGCGCCGUGGUGCCGACGGUGCACAUGCCGGUGCACAUGAAGUACGGCCAGAACAACAAGUUCGCCACCAGCCUGGUCCUGCCCUACUCGGACCAGAGCAUCGAGGUGUGCUACGACCUGGGCAGCCCGGACUUCUUCGUCUUCUCGCCCAACGCGACCCAGAACUGGGGCUGCCGCUACCUGACCUGCCAGGGCCCUUGCAACGCCACGGUGCCUGAGGAGGGGACCUACGACCCGUCCCUGUCCAAGACGGCGACGGCCCCGCGGCCCUGGGCCCGCGACUACGGCUACGGCGGUGGCCUUACCAAGUGGUACCGGGCCAACAAGAUCGUCAACGACACCUUCGCCUUCACCAACCACCUCAACAAGUUCUCGUCCCAGGUGUCCGACGUCGAGGUCGCCCUCGUGCCGUACCUGCAGCAGCGCACAUUUAGCGCCGCCGAGAACUCGUGCGCCGAGAAGCCGAAGUACGACUACUCCAUCCUAGGCAUAGCGCCCUACUUCUCCAGCCCGGACCCCAAUGCCAGGAACACGACGGGCCCGUCGUUCCGCCAGAACCUUCUCGACCAGGGCCGCAUCUCGGCGCCGGUGCAAUCGCUGUGGAUGGAGAGGCGGCCCGACGACGUGCGCGGCACCUUCACGGGCGCCGGCCUGCUGGGCGGCAUCGACACGUCCAAGUACUCGGGCCCACUCGUCCGGAUCCCGCGCCUCAAGGGCCUCGGCUACAGCCUCUACGAGUACUACACGCACGCCGCCAAGCUGUCCUUCAACGGAGUCGCGCCCAUCCCCAUCGACACCACCAGCCCGGGCGUCGAGACCGAGUGCAUCCUCGACUCAGGCGGCGUCGGCGACGCCCACAACCCCGUCGACGUCGAAGCCUACUACAACGUCACGGGCCUGCGCCUCAACCCGAGCCACCCGACCCCGUACCAGGGAAACUACCUCUCGUGGCCUGGCAAGUGCGAGGACAUCCCCGCGGACCACUUCAUGGAGUACAGUCUCGUCGGCGUCCGGGAGGGCGAGACGGCCGUCGUCAAGGUCCCGAUGCGCAACUACGCCCGCUUCCAGGACCCCAUUGACGAGGCCAGGGGCUGGUGCACCAUGGCAAUAAGCCUGCGCGGCUGCUCUCUCAACGCGCCCUUCCUCUCGGCCGCCUUCUUCGCCGCCGACGACGAGAGCGGAGAGAUUGCCAUCGCGCAGGGCGGCGUGGCCGAGCAGGGAAGCGGUGUUGACAACUCCAAGGUCGUGCUCAGGAUCCCUUAGGAGUCUGGCCAGGAGUCUUCAGGUCGUAACGGGUCGUUAAUAGUCGAAAGCUUUAUGAUUUAUGGUAAUUGUCUAACGUAAUACUAGUUUAUCAGCAUACAAAUACAAAAGUAUGUAAUUCCAGAA